CUGAAACACACACACACACACAGAGAAAGCGGGAGAGGUAUUUAAAACUUUUUGAGAUCUGUCACAGGCUUUGUCAUCCCGAAAAUCGUGGUGUUUGUCGCACGGUUAUCACUGUCCUGACAGAAGAUUUUGCGCAGGUCCUUUUACUAUAUCAGCCGAAGGAAACGUUACCGUGAACUCCCUAAGAAAGUUUUCCUCAGCAUUACUGAAGAUUCGCUGAGUGUGUGGGGACCAUUCAAGAAGACACCCCGCUGCUUCUGUUUCUUCCACGUCUGGCUUCAGGAAAGCGUUCUCUUCCAGCCAUGCGGCUAACGGCACACAUACACCCCUCCGCCAUCCUGUUUUUGACCCUCAGCAGCUUGGCCUCUGCAGGUCCAUUGUCUCGGAGCCCUUGUGAACUUUUGCCAGUUGGGGUGGGUCACCCGGUUCAGGCCAUGUUAAAGAGUUUUACUGCCCUAUCAGGCUGCGCUAGCCGAGGAACCACCAGUCUUCCUCAAGAGGUGCACAUCAUCAACCUACGAAAAGGCAAUACACAAGGAGCCAGAGAGAAACCAGCAGAGGUGGCGUUACAUCUGCGGCCCAUCCAGUCCCUGCAAAUGCACCAAAAACCACUGGUCUUUGUGCUGAACUCCCCUCAGCCCGUCCUCUGGAAGCUUCGGACAGAGAAACUGGUCUCAGGAGUUAAACGCAUCUUCCAUGUUGCAGAGGGAUCUGAAGUGCAUUUUGAGGCAGGAAAUUUCUCUGAGUCAUGUGAGGUGAAGAUGGAAAACCUUCCUCAUGGCAAUGAACACCUGCUUUCCUGGGCCCAUCAACGCUACCGUGCUGUUACCUCUUUCAGCGAGCUCAAGAUGACCCAUGAAAUCUACAUCAAGGUUGGAGAGGACCCCGUCUUCUCCGAGACCUGUAAGAUUGAUAACAAGUUCCUGUCUCUGAACUACCUGGCCAGCUACGUCCAGCCCCAGCCAUCCACAGGGUGUGUUCUCUCAGGUCCUGAUCAUGACCAGGAGGUCCACAUCAUUGAGCUCCAGGCACCAAACUCCAGCAGUGCAUUCCAAGUGGAUGUGAUCGUGGAUUUAAGGCCGCUGGAUGGUGACGCCCCACUCCAUCGUGACAUUGUGUUGCUUCUGAAAUGUGAGAAGUCAGUGAAUUGGGUAAUCAAAGCCCACAGCAUCAUCGGCAAACUGGACAUUGUGACGUCAGAUACCGUCGGCCUGAAUGAUGACACUGAAAGGCUGAUGCAGGUAUCAAAGACGGUCAAACAGAAGCUGCCCUCCGGAUCUCAGGCUCUGAUCCAGUGGGCAGAGGAAAAAGGGUUCAACCCCGUCACUUCCUACACCAGCACCCCUGUCGCCAACCACUUCAAACUGCGCCUCAGAGAACAAGGCAAGAACCUAGGGAACAUUGAUGAGGGAAUGUUCCCACCUGAGCUGUCCAUUCUCCGCAAUAUCAACCCAAGGCCCAGUGCCCGAGAUUCCCCUGCACGGACUGGGUUCCCGUUCCCCUUUCUGCCAUCCAUGGAGCAGGGCCUGUCAUUUUCACCUCCGAUGCCAUCUCUUGAGGAGCGAGUCUAUCAGGCUGGGGGUCUCGAGGAGCAUCAGGGAUCUCCAAAUGUAGGAUUCAGUGUGCAGUGUGAGAAGAACAAAAUGGUGGUCAGCAUUGACAAGGAAACUCUACAGGCCAAUGGGUUUGGAAAACCCAAUAUCACUCUUCAGGACUCCCAAUGCAAAGCAACCUCCAACACCACCCACUAUAUACUGGAGACGCCCCUGUCUGGCUGCCAAACCACCAAAAUCCCCUCCCAUCCCAGCCCAGUGGUCCUCUAUAUCAAUUCAAUUGUUAUUAGCCAAUCGGAACAGAAGGAUGGAAGCGGCUGGCCUGUUGACGAUGAAGAUCUGGAGUCAGGAGAUGUUGUAUUACCAGGAGAUCCGGAGGUGACUGGAAGAAUUUUACCAGAAAGUGGACCUCGUGCAUCUAUCUUGUUCAACUGCACAUACCGUAAGAACCAGGGCACCCCAGUUGACAGUAAUAUUGGAUCUGAUGAUUUCGUUGUAGAUUCUCUAGACAAUGUUACCUUUAACAUGGAGCUGUAUAACAAUCCCUUCCACUUAACCAUCCCUGAAUCAUUCCUCACCAUCACUGAGAACAGGCCCAUCUAUGUGGAGAUAUCCGCCACAAAAGCCGACCCUAACCUUGGGUUCAUGAUCCAGACCUGCUUCAUAUCUCCAGAAUCCAAUCCUCUCAUGCCGUCAGACUACGUUGUCAUAGAGAACAUAUGUCCCAAGGACGACUCUGUACUCUAUUACCCUCAGCGAAGCGAUUUCCCCAUCCCUCACGCCCAGAUGGACAAAAAACGCUUCAGUUUCACCUACAGAUCAAAGUUCAACGUGUCAUUGCUCUUCCUGCACUGUGAGAUGUCCCUCUGCUCCAGAAGAAAUGACCAGGAGAUGAACCUGCCAGAGUGUAUGUUACCGGAUGAAGCCUGCACUUCCCUCAGUUUGGACAACAUCCUACUCAUGAUGAUGAACACCAAAACCAUCACCAAGCCAAUGGUGGUCAUCUCCGACAACACACCUGUCACUGUUAACACACCCGUCACUGUUAAGGUCCCUGAGGAGAAAAUUCCACAACAUCUAGACAUCAUAUAUGUGUUGGACACCCCGACUGUGGUGGGCAUCGCUUUUGCUGCCUUUGUGAUCGGAGCCCUUCUGACUGGAGCUCUCUGGUUCAUCUACUCGCAUACAGGUGGCACAGGAGCGAGGCAGCAGGUGCCAAAGUCCCAGCCGGUGUCUGAGAACAGCAGUGCGGCUCACAGUAUCGGCAGCACACAGAGCACGCCGUGUUCAAGCAGCAGUAACGCAUAGAGCAGCUGGACCCAAUGCUGCUUACAUUGCUAUUAUGCUUCGUAGAAGAAUACGUGAUUAAGUAGCAUACCUUGAGAACACAAUGCCUAAUUAUUUUCACUAUUUGAACUGAAAUGUGUAGGCUGAAUAUGCAACCGGAUGAAAUAAGCUACGUUUAGAGGUGAGGGAAAUAACUAAAUCAAGAUCCCAGACGGUUUUUAAAUGUUGCUUUUUUCCCCCGUUGAACCCCACAAGAGAGUGUUGUUUUGCCUUAUAUGGUUGGAAUCAGUGUGAAAAUAACAAAGGCUGUUUACACCAGUCAUUAUGGCAUGAAGGCGGUCCAGAGGAACAGUUAGUACUUUAAGGCGAGGUUACGCAAGGGUUCUGUCUGCUCCUAAACAAUGAUCAGUGCCUUUCCCCAUCGAGCAUACAUACGAUAUUUAACAAGAGAAAUAUAUUUAAAGAUUUGAAUGGUCAGUUUGUCCAUAUCUGACUUUUAAUACCCAGAUGCCAAUUAAUUCUACAUUAUGGCAUAUCGUUUUCUUUAAGACCAUCCGUCUUCAGGAGUUUUUGGCAUAUUGUAAAAUAAUGUAUAUUCUGUGAAUAUUGUAUGGAAUGCAUAGAGAUUUAAAGUGGAAAUAACUCCAUUAAAAAAAGCUUUAACUAAAACCAAAUG